UGUCCCUAAAAUUUCAGGCCUUGUACCUAUACUGCCACUAUUACUACUUUUCUACCUGUAAUAAUGAUCACCUUUAUAGUAAGAGGAUGAUUGUUGAAUUACCUUCAGUUAUAUUAUCUGACGAAUUUCUCCACAUUUACAGACUACAAAAGUAUGUUUAAUUUACAUGUCAUAUAAAACCCCCACACACACAUCCGUAUAUAUUCACACGUCAUUCUCAAGUGUACUUAUACGCACACACCCUCCCGUAUCCAUAUACGCUGGGACGUCUGAAAUGUUUGUUUAUGUACCAGAUCUACAAUACACUUGGCUUACAGUAUGAAUAAGUAUUCUGCCUGUUGGUCCGUUAAAUAGUCAUACACCUGUGACACGUUUCUUUACGAUAUGUAUUAUAGGAGUAAGCAGUGUUGUACGACUCGGUAGUUGAACCUUAACUGAAUACUUCUUUGGGGGAAUUCAUCCGAAUGUUUUAUUUUUACUGGGAAUCGACCCGUGGCGACUUAAUGAAGCCCUCGUGUCUAUAGUGAAGGACAGACACUCAACUAAAUUUUCCCAACUAUAAAUAACGUUGUUAGGAUGGAAAACAACAGACUACGGUUUGAUCAUAAGUGAGGGUGAAUAGUAGCGGCAAACACCAAUCCUUCACCAACAAUUUGUGUAGAGAUUUACAUAAAGGAUAAGAAGAAAGAAAUGGAGAAGAAAAAAACAGCGAAAUGCGAUGAAAGUAUACAUAUGAUGCAAAGUAUGUGUGGUGACCGCAAUAAAAAAUUAAGGUAACUCCGGCGGGAUUUGAUUUCGGAGCAUAAAAAAGAACGAGGCGCUUAUUUAGCCUGCCACAACCGGUUUUUGCAAAUUUACAAGCCUCUACAUGCUAGCGACAAAGAAUAUUGAAGCGAGAUAUACCUCAAUUCUCAUGAAAGGACAGGUGAAAAUGAGUUAAGCGUCAAUAUGUGGAUGUAAGAAUUUGAGGGUUAAGUCACCAGGUUGAGACAAAAAUCUCUACAUAAGUUGCAACUGUUGAAAUGUCAGGUAAUAUCUUCGAACAAAAGAACCAAAGAAAUAGAAACGUGUAAAGUUAAACAAGAUGCAUUAGGAUAAACGUAUGUACAUAGGAACAGAUAAAACACGAAGACAUAUCACUUGGGAGUAACGGAUAAGGAGGCGAAGAAAUGCAGGAAAAUGGGGACCAAACUAGAUUGGCAAAGGUGGAUGGAAAUGAUGAUGUACCUGUUGAUAAUUCAUUUGUUCAAUCACAGGAUGUUCCUAUGUCACAAGAUGGAAUUUCUGCACCAAGAACAAAUGAAGAAUAUGAAAUGACAGAUGAUUCUGUGAUAUCAAAGACCAGUGCUAAGACAUCUUCACCAUUCUGGAGGAAACUAUUUUUAUUUUUCACUGCUAGUACAGCAGCUUUGGGAGGUAUAUUAUUUGGUUAUGACAUAGGAGUAAUAUCUGGGGCAUUGCUACAGUUAAGAAGAGAUUUCCAGCUGUCAUGUGACCAGCAAUCUAUUGUGGUUAGUUUCCUGUUGCUAGGUGCAAUUAUUGGUGCCUUAGUAUCAGGUUUCCUUGUCGACUUGUUAGGAAGAUGGAUUACCAUUGUUCUAAAUGGUUUCCUUUUCAUCUUGGGCUCCCUAACUAUUGCCCUUGCUCAAUCAUUUACUAUUUUGGUCAUUGGCCGUUUGGUUCUAGGAUUUGCCAUAUCAGUUUCUUCUGUAGCAGAAUGUGUAUAUAUCUCGGAGAUAUCACCUGCAAGACAAAAUGACUACCUGAGAUACAUGUUUGGUCUGUCAUCGGUUCUUGCUGUUUUGCAAAUCUUGAUGAUGCUUUUUCUACCUCAAAGUCCCAGAUAUUUGGUAUUAAAAGGGAAAGAAGUUCAGUUGCAGAUGUCCAGCUGGAAAGACCUGUUCAGGUCAACAGGAAACCUCAGGAAAUUGUUCCUUUUAGGAUUUGGUUUGGUUACUUUUCAGCAGUUUACUGGCCAGCCCAACAUGCUGUAUUAUGCACCAAUUGUGUUCCGAGCGGUUGGCUUCCCGUCCGAUUCUGCAGCAAUACUGGCCACCCUUGGUCUUGGAACUGUCAAGGUUUCCGUAGCAAUUGUUGCCCUGCUUUGUGUUGACCACUGGGGCCGAAGAAUUUUACUCAUGAUUGGUGUUGGCACAAUGACUAUUAGUUUAAUUAUACUGAGCAUUGGCUCGAGACUGCAGAACAAUCUGUCCAGCUUUGAGGUGUGUCGGAAUUGGCAUGAUGCCAAAAUUGCACACAAUUUCCCAUCCUUCAACUCUGACUUUAAUUCCUCAAGCAAUGGAAGUUUCAUCCAUUACACAAUGACAAAAAGAGAAUUGAUACCAUCUUCGGUAUCACAUAUUGUCACUUCAGUAAAAUUCCUCUGUGAUACUAGCAUAACCCGCAAGAAAAGGAAUGAGAAUACUUCUCGCUACAACAACAUCAGCAUCAUUAUGAACCAAAGUCUUAUUCAUACUGGAUUCUAUAAUCAGACCAUUUCCAAGAAUACCAGCCGAGACAAAGAAGAAUCUACAGAAUCUCAGAGUGUGCACAUCAUACAUGUGAUGACAUUGUUAGCUCUGAUGGCUUAUGUUGGAGCAUAUGGCAUUAGUUUUGGACCAAGUAUGUACUGUAGAAUUUCUAUGUCUAUACAACUUUCUCUUUUCUUUACAGACCUCAUCACAUUACCAUGGACAUUUCUCUUAUUUGCUGUUAUCUCAUCCAUUGCAUUUAUAUUCAUCUUCUACUGUGUCCCAGAGACCAAAAACAAAACUCUAGAGCAGAUUGCUCGUGAACUAUCAACGAUACGACCACCCAACAAACCACAUCUGUGGCAAAGAUGCUGCUUCCGUUUCACCAGACAUUGUCCAUCUGCUAGCUCCUACACAAGAGUAUCUGUUGAUGAACAACAUAGUCCUACUCUUCGACCAAUGGACCGUGACAUUAUUUGAUUCAUUCAACGCUUUUGUCUUUCAACCAUGACAGCUAUAGUAUUUUAUUAAUAAAACAAACUGUAAUGAA